ACAGAAAGUGACGUCUCAUCGUCCAAUCAGCGUUACAUAAACACUGUCCUUAAUGUAGGGAGAAGUGUAAAAGUGAAAUUUAGUUCUCCAUUCGGCUCAAAAUGUCAGUGAAACAUGCUCUCAGUCGGGGGUUGGAGCUAGGGAGGUCGCUUAUCCAGCUGGGGCUCUUCAAACCAGCCGGCCGUGUGGCUGCGAAGUUCCGCGGUGAGCGGCUGCGUGUGUCCCGGCCGACCCGCACCGUCCAGCCGCAGACCUUCCUGCCCGGUCGGUACCGCUUCUUCCGCCUGUCUCUCAGCGGGCUGGCCGCCCAGCUCCAGUCCGGGGCUUUCAGGAGAGUGGCUGGAGGUGGUGCACCCAGAAACAGGGCUGUUUUCCUGGCUUUUGGGGUGGGCUUGGGGGUAAUUGAACAGCAGCUGGAGGAGGACAGGACAAGCGCUGCUCUGUGUCAGGAGAUACAGGCUGUAUUUAGAAAGAAGAAGUUCCAGACCCCCCUGAAGCCCUUUACAUCAGGGUACAAGUUGGAGGAUUACGUGAUUGGGAAACAGAUCGGGAAAGGUUGCAAUGCAGCAGUGUAUGAGGCAGCGGCUCCGUCCGGGGCCCCUGUGGAGAGCGGGAAGUAUUCACUGGUGGAACUGAACCAGAAAGAAACAGAUGAUGACAAUAAGAAAGCAGGAACGCUUAGAUUUCCUGCUACACCCAGCUUUCCUUUAGCUAUCAAAAUGAUGUGGAACAUUGGGGGUGGUUCAUCAAGUGAUGCCAUCCUUCGCUCUAUGUCCAUGGAGUUGGUUCCUGCAUGUCCACAGGCCCUAACAAAAGAGCAAGGAGAGAUUGCUUUGGAUGGCCAGUUUGGAACAGUGCCUAAAAGAAUGACCGCUCAUCCCAAUGUGAUCACAGUGUACCGGGCCUUCACUGCUGAGGUCCCGCUGCUGCCUGGAGCUCAGGAGGAGUACCCCGAUGUCCUGCCUGCCAGACUCAAUCCACAGGGUUUGGGCAGUAAUCGUACACUGUUCCUGGUCAUGAAGAAUUACCCAUGCACCCUGCGGCAGUACCUGGAGGUGUGUGUGCCGAACCGGAUGCAGGCGUCUCUCAUGCUGCUGCAGCUGCUGGAAGGGGUGGAUCACAUGUGCAAACAGGGCAUUGCUCACAGAGACCUCAAAUCAGACAAUGUGCUCCUGGAGUUUGACAGAGCCGGGUGUCCCAGACUGGUGAUCACUGACUUCGGCUGUUGUCUGGCAGAAGAUUUGGGCCUCAAACUGCCCUUUGACAGCCGGUGGGUUAACAGAGGGGGAAACACCUGUCUGAUGGCACCUGAGGUGGCCACAGCAGUUCCAGGUCCAGGGGUGAUGAUCGAUUACAGUAAAGCAGAUGCCUGGGCUGUAGGGGCCAUCGCCUAUGAGCUCUUCGGUCAGCCGAACCCCUUCUACAGCUCACAGGGGCUGGAGGGACGCACUUAUCAGGAAAAACAGCUUCCUCCACUUCCUGCUGCUGUACCUGAGGAUGUACAGCUAGUAGUGAAGCUGCUGCUAUGCAGAAACACUUGCAAGCGCCCCAGUGCACGUGUGGCUGCUAACAUGCUGCACAUCAGCCUGUGGGGAAAGCGUGUGUUGGCCAGCUUGGAUCAGGCCAGAAUGGAUCAGCUGACUGACUGGCUGCUGUGUCAGGCUGCUGUGGUGCUGCUGAAGGGUCGAGGCUCCAGCGGGAGCUCCGUGGAAGCUGAACUCCAGAGAUGCUUCCUCGCCAACAUAGACCUGGAGGAUCUCCACACUGCGGUCAGCUUCCUCAUGUACGGACAUGAGCAGUGGAAAUCCCUGCUAGCACACUACACUGAGCCAUAGUGUCUGUGAAUGUGAGUGAGUGAGUGUUUACUGGAGAAACAAGCACAGCUCAGUACCAAUUAUUUUUAGUAGACCGUGGAAGCACUUUUAUCUAUCACUGACAUUUUGAUAGUAUGGCAUUUGCACUUUACACUAUACAUUAAGAAUACUUUAUGCUGUUAGUGACUCUUUAGGAUAACAGUUUAAACCAAGUACAAAUUCAUGCAUAAUUUAAUGCAUUAAUAUCCACAGUAUAUCACAGUUUAAUGAAUAUUGCUUAAAAAAGAAGGCAAAUCAAUGCAGAAUAAAUUAUACUGUUGAUGUUUUUCUGACAGGAUAUUCAAUACAAAUUUGAUUUUAACUUUUGGUAACAGAUUGCAUCAUGAAAUGUGUGUGUUACCAGAACAGAGUUGGUUGGAGAGGCUGAAAAAGUAAUUGGGAUUUCUGAUGUAAAUUCAGAGAUAGAGCAAGUGAUUAUUUUUGGAGAAGUUCACUAUGACAGUCUUUGGAAGAACAUGUUCAGAUGAAUUAUAUAGUAAGACCAGUCAUUGUGCAUGUGCAUUAAAAGUAAACAGGGUGACUUUUGAAUGCAUGCUGACUUCAUUGUAUAUAGGCUGGAAAUUACUGAAAAGCCAAAAAUAAUAAAGAAUUAGAAUAGUAUUGAAA